AUGGUUAAAGCAUUUGAUGUAUUUGGUGUAAAAAUGGCACAUUUUAGAAAACUGAGCGAUAGUCAUGAUACUGAUGAAAGCGAUAGCGAUUCAAGUGUUAAUAGUUUUCAAAGUGAAGAUUUAGAAAAUGAACCUCACAUUAUUCUUUCUAGGCAUAUUCAAUGUUGUGCUCAUACAUUAAGCCUUUGUGCUACCAGUGAUUUAAUGAAAUCCAUCAAAUCAUCACUACAUCUCAAUGAAAUGCAUACUAAAGUCAUGCAAAAGUGUAAUACAUUAUGGAAUGCGGCAAGUCGACCAAAAUCAGCAGAGAUAAUUCAGUCAAUUUUAGGACAUACUCUAUCAAGACCCGAUUGCAGCUUUUUCUCACCCCAAGUUCAAAAUAAGUGGUUAAAUUGUAUUCAUACGUCAUCUUCUCGUGAUAAACUUUUAUCAAUAUUUAAAAAAGCAGUAACAGCUGAAUCUAAAACAAAAACUUGUGAAGAAAAUUUUGAAAUUGAAGACGAUCACUCUGACUUUUAUGACUUUGGUCCAGCAACACAAAACGACAGAACAGAUACAUCGACGUCUACUGAGAUUGAAGUGUUAAAAUAUUUUGAGGAUCCACGUCAACGUCUUGAAUGUUUAAACUCGUAUCCUACUAUCAAAAAAAUUUUUCUUCGGUACAAUACUCCUGUGGCGUCUUCAGCUCCAGUAGAGAGACUUUUCUCUUUUGCGACGAUGACAAAUUUACCAAAGUCAAAUAGGUUGUCAGAUGAUUUAUUUGAGUAUAAAGUUGUAUUAAAAUCAAAUUUAAAUUAUGAAUUACAAAAUAGAAACUAAAAUUAAAAUUAAUUAUUAUUUUUAUCACGAUUAUUGUUACUAUUAUGUAAAUUAUUGAUAUUGUUGUUAUAAUUAUUUGCUUUGUUAUGUAUAUUAUAUUUUUAUCAUAAUUUUGUUACACCAAAAUUGGAUAUUAUUCACAAAUUAUUUAACUAAUUUAUUCAGAAUAAUCAAUUUAUUCAU